AUGGCCCCUGUCGCCUUUACCGGUGCCCUUGCACCAAAGAAGAAAUCCGAACUCCAGGACAUCGCGACCGCCCUCAAUAUCAGCGAUCAGGGCACUAAAGACGAUUUACAGACCAGAAUUAAGAAACACCUUGACAACAACCCCGAACUCGAGGAAGACGCCAAGUUUGCCGGACUAUACGCCAGAGGGCGGAGGCGCGGGAGUGUCGCACCAACGGGACUCAAGGCUCCACCGAGCACCGCGUCGGAAAAACCGCGUUCCUCUUUGCGCAUUGCCCCUCUCGAUCCUAUUCGAGAGUCAACUCCUCCACAUGACUUGAGAGAUGUCUCAAUGGCUCUCAAACAACCCGUAUUCUCAUCUCCGCCGUCUACUGCUACACCACAAGCCUCUCCUGCUAAAUCCGUUGCCUCCCCCGCUGCGCCUAUAACCGCUAUGGCCGAUAAUGAGGGGUCCCCCAGCGUCUUGCCUUCCCUACCACCAAGUCCGGCCAAGAGUAUCAUCGAGGUCAUUUCAAAACCGCAGCAAAUCAUUCCAGCGGUUCAGGAGAAACUCGUAACCCAAGAGAUUAUCCAUAACGGACACGAAUACCUAGAGGCGACGAGAGAGUUCUUGUCAAACUCCCAAAACUUGUGGACGCUAACUGCGUUGUUCGAGUUUGGGUACAUUUGGUAUACCGUCAUCCCAUGGGCCUAUUUCGCGAUUCCCCUUUCACCGAAACCAGACGGGCUCUCAUUAUCCAUUCCCUACGCACCAUUAGCAGCCUUCCAAACCUCUGCGUUUUGGACUGUACUUCUACAUUGGGUGAUCCCAACCUUGAUUGUCCCUGCCUUCGCUGGUCAUUUAAUCUCCUUCACGCCCCCACCACCACCACCUCAACAUCGCACCACGAGCACAACAGUCGACUUUGCAGCUGACGGCACUUUUGACGCUUCACAAUCCGCUUCUGCCCCUCAACAGCCCAGAACAAGCCUACCGUCUCCACCGCCUUUCGACUCGCUUACAGCUGCCAUCAUCAGGUUCGCCGUUGCGUAUGCAUAUCCCUAUUCCAAGCUUGCAGCACAGGAGCAUGUGUACGGGCUGGACGUGAUAGGUCGCGAGUGGAGAUUGUUUAACGCUGGCGUGGUGCUUAUGUUGGCAUUUGCUGAGGCUGUCUUGGGCGUUGCGCCCAGGAGCGUCGUGAGAACCCUUCACAAGGAGAAGGAUAUUGUGACUGGAGAGGAGGGCGCUGUCGUAGUGAGAGGUGGGGGAAGGUUGAGUGAGGAAGUUGAUUAA